GAUAUGAUAUGAUAUGCGAGUGGUGUGAUUUAAAAUCGACCUGCUGGUGGUCGACUGUACCGUAUAUCGAUUCUUGAAUUUACAGCUGUAGCUCUAGGUAUACCUAUAACGUGCGAUAAAAACAGCCAACGAAAAGUCUCGUCAUCUUGCCACUGCGGCUGCUCCUCCAAUGAAAAUUAUUAUUGCGAAUGUACUGAGAUAGAGACAAGUACAAGUACAUUUACAUUUAAUACCUGAACCUAAUGCAAGUGAAAAAGGUUUGCAGGCUGGUGUUCUGAUGGUCGUGACUGAAUAGUAAAAGACACGAGCAGAAUAACGAGGAGAGACAAGACAUCUAGAGCAGAGACCUGAGGUAAAGGGAGAAAAUAGAAAAUAGAAAACUCAGCAGAACCAGUGAAUUGUGAUACGAGGGCAGUGGUCGUCAGCAGCACAGAAAAAAAUACAGCAGCUGAAGAUCAGAGAGCGACACUCGAGUACUGUGACGACAAGUUGAUGGAAUGACGCUGUUUAACCUGUCGGUGUAAUAAUUUGAAGGUACUAUUGAUAAGAAAUUUACUGCUGACACAAUGGCCAUGUCACAAACACCGGGUAUUGAUCCAUGGGUGAUUCAACCUCGCGAGAGAUUACACUUUAAAGAUCAAUUCGAUGCUCUUAAGCCAAAUAAUGGAGUUGUUACUGGAGAACAAGCUAAAGGAUUCCUGCUACGAUCACAAUUACCACCGUCAAUCCUCGGGCAGAUAUGGGCACUGUCCGACACCGAUGGAGAUGGAAAAAUGGACAUCAAUGAGUUCAGCAUUGCCUGUAAAUUGAUACACUUGAAACUGCGAGGUCUAGAAGUUCCUCCCAGUUUGCCACCGUCGCUCAUUCAAAGCUUGAAAGUUCCUUUCCCAGGUACGGUUCCCAAUGUAGCAAAUGGUGGAGUGCCAGCUCAACCUCAGGUACAGACAGGCUCACUUGUAAAUCUUGGAGGCGCAGUACCGCAGCCUUUGGCUGCAGUCCCACAACCACUAGCAGCAGUACCACGUCCUGUGGUGCCAGGAAUACCAGCAGCAGUUCCACGUCCUUUAGUACCAGGUGCUCCAGCAGCAGCAAUGCCUCUUGUUAAUCCAGCAGUGAGACCUAUCGUUCCAGUUCAAAUGCCCGCUGCCUCACGUCAAUUUAGGGAUAAUAUGGGUACUAGUGGUGUGGUGCUCGGCACAAUUAAUAAAACAUCGUCAAAACCACCUGCUCGGCCUGCACCACCCUUCAUGGGAAAUGCAAAUACUGUCACAACAACUACCAACGUUGGAGCACCGCCUCAAAGACCUGCACCUCCUGGUAGUAUUGGCAGUGGAUUUGCUGCAACAACUGGCAUAGCACCGCCGCCGAAACCCGGACCGCCUUCAUUUCCAAAUAGUCCAGUAGCCGCGUCAAUAACUGCCGGUUCAAUGCAACCACUUCCAGUAGCUUCCACAAUGGGCUUAGCACAAGCAGCUCCGAUAGUACCACUUAACACCAAUCCCACUCCUAUAGCAGCUUUUGGAAUGGGACAAACUGUCGCACCAUUAAUUCAACCGAUUUCAACAACUGGAGCUGUUUCAUCAAUACCAGGAGUUAUGCCUACAGCUGGCGUUGUGCCUUCAAUGCCAGGAGUUAUUUCAUCUGCUGGAAUUGUUCCAUCAGUACCGGGAGCUAUUCCAUCAGUACCAGGUGCUAUUCCAUCAAUACCAGGUGCUAUUCCAUCAAUACCAGGUGCUAUUCCAUCAGUACCAGGAGUUAUUCCUCAAGCUCCAUUUUAUAAUACAAUGGGAGGUAUACAAACGGUACCAGCCACUGGAAUGAUUCCAUCUGUACCUGGAGCUAUUCCAUCAAUACCUGGAGUUAUGCCAAAUAUACCUCAGGUUCCAACAAAUGGAGUAAUUCCUCCUGUUCAAACAUUGAGUCAAGCAAACGUUGCAAUGAACGGUAAUGCUGGUAUACUUCAGACUCCAGUGUCAACUAAUACACCACUCAGUACAACAGCACGACCACCAAGUAUGGAUCGAGUUGGAUCUAUUGAUUCUCAGCACAGUCAGCACAGCCAACACAGCCAGCAUAGUCAGAAUUCCGUUACUUCACCACCAGACUGGGCUGUUCCUCAACAGUCUCGACUUAAAUACACACAAUUGUUCAAUACUUGGGACAGAACGAGAACUGGCUACUUGUCAGGACCACAAGCAAGAAAUAUUAUGGUCCAAUCUCAACUACAUCAGAAAAUUCUCGCCCAAAUUUGGACUCUUGCUGACAUGGAUUCAGAUGGUAGACUUGGAUGCGAAGAAUUCGUACUGGCGAUGCAUCUCUGUGACAUGGCCAAAGCUGGAGAAAAUAUACCAGCAAGUCUACCACCGGAUUUGAUACCUCCGACUUUCCGCCGUCAACGUCAGAGCAGUGUUUCAUCCCAGGGUCUUCCUGAAACUGUCGAUCCCUCGGCAGGUAUGCCGCAGUCUUCCUUCGAGGAUAAGAGAAAAGAAAACUUUGAGAAAGGCCAAGCUGAAUUGGAGCGUCGUCGUAAAACUUUGCAGGACUCACAGCGUAAAGAGCAGGAGGAACGUGAGCGUAAAGAACGUGAGGAAGCUGAAAAGCUGGAGAAGAUCAGGCUCGAACAGGAGAGACGUCGACAAGCUGAAAUUGAAAAACAAAUGAUGCGACAGCGUGAAAUUGAACAGGAAAAAGAGGAGCAGCGAUUGAGAGCACAGGAACAAAGAGAAGCUGCAAGAAAAGAGAUGGAGAGACAAAGACAACUCGAGUGGGAAACUCAGAAGUCUCAAGAGCUUCAAGCGCAGCGACAAAAAGAAAAAGAUAUUUUACUAAAACUAAAAGCUAAGAACCAGACAUUGACCAUUGAACUGACAUCACUUAAUGAACGUGUCAAAGAACUUUCACAAAAAAUUUGCGACACCCGUAACGGUGUAUCAGGUGUAAAAACAACCAUCGACGGCAUGCGUUCAACCCGCGAUAGUCAGCUUCAAGAAAUGAAUGAGUUGAAAAAAAAAUUACGGGAGCAGAAUCAGCGAUUGCUCGCAUUGAGUCAAGAGAAAGCCAAAAUUGAUGCUAAAAAUAAAAUAAAUUCUUCACAUGAUUCUGCUGGACAAGAAGCCAUGAAAAUGGCGUUCGCUAAUAAACAAAUAACACUAAAACAAUUGAGAGAUAAAAUAUCUGAUUUGCAGCAGCAGAUAAAUGAGAAAAUGUCGGACAUUGAAAAUAACAACGGACAAUUGGAGGAUGUGAGGAAUCGUAUGAAGACUCUCAUUAACGAUUGCAAAAAUCUCUACUCAACAUUUGACAAUAAACGUUCUAAAAUAUUGGAACUGCGUGAACAAGUUGUAAAUACCGGUGGGAUUGAUUAUACAAGCGCCGCUUGGGCUGAAAGUGCUUGGGGAUCAACUGAUGAGCAAAAUCCCGCUGUCAAUGAAGACGAAUGGCCGGUUGACAAUGCGCCCGCUACUACUGCCGUUGCCGAUGAACCAGGAGGUGUCAGAAAGUACCGCGCUCUGUAUGAAUUCGUAGCCAGGAACGAGGAAGAAAUAUCCUUCCAACCGGGUGACAUUAUUUUAGUACCACCAGUCCAGAAUCAAGAACCCGGAUGGAUGGCAGGAGAGAUACGUGGACACACGGGUUGGUUCCCCGAGUCGUAUGUUGAGCCAGUGGACUCUGACGUCGGAUUCGAUGACAACAAAGCGUUCGUUCAGCAGGACAGUGUAGAAAAGAGGCCGCUCGAAGAAAUCGCCGAGGUACCAGAGAAUGUUUCUGAUGCUGGAUCUCUAGGUGAAGCUCCUGCUGCACGAGUUGACACUACUGCAGCAGUUACCGCUAUUCCUACUGCUACUACAAAUUUAACCAGCAGUGAUGCGGUAGCUGGUGAUGAUUACUACGUUGCUCUCUAUCCCUACUCAUCAGCAGAACCAGAUGAUUUGAAUUUCGUUGAUGGCGAAAUUAUCUCGGUGACUAAAAAAGACGGCGACUGGUGGACUGGAACUAUUGGUGACAGAAGUGGAUUCUUCCCGUCCAAUUACGUUGAAAAAUGUCAACCAAAUAUAAAUCAGGUUCCUGUAGAAACUGUUGCGUCGGCUGUAGCAGUGGCUGCUGUUGCUGAUGCUGCUCCAUCACAAGGAACACCCUCAGCGGAAAAAACCGCAGAACAGAUUGAAGAUGAACGACAAGCUGCUGAAGAUCGUGCGGAAUUACCCGAUUUUACAGCAAUGGCAUCUCAGCAGAUAAAUAGUCACGGUGGUGGAAUAAAUAUAAUAAAUAUAAAUUUACGCGAAUUAUUAAUUGACUAUGGUGGAUUUUCCAAUGUUGUUUUCUUGGAUGCUGCGUUUAUUGGAUUCCCAUCGAUUAUUCCUGUGUGUCCUUAUCGCUCACUGAUGCAGUACUACAAGACUCGAGGAAAGAAACCGGAGAUUGUCCAAGUAAUUGCACCCUACCAAGCAACGAGUGCUGAACAACUCGAUUUGCAGAGAGGACAGCUCAUUAUGAUCAGGAAAAAGACUGAUUCUGGGUGGUGGGAAGGCGAGCUACAGGCUCGAGGCAAAAAACGCCAAAUUGGAUGGUUUCCUGCGUCAUAUGUAAAACCAUUAACAAGUAGCAGUAAUAGAAGUACUCCAGUGUCUCAUGGUUAUCAAGAUUCUCCAACGGAUCCUAAUGUCGAACGUGUGAUGGCAUUGUAUCCACAUCAAGCUCAGAACGACGACGAGCUGAGUUUUGAAAAAGGGGAUGUGAUAAUUGUUUUAUCAAAACAAGAAGAAUCUUGGUGGAAAGGUGAACUUAACGGAGUAUGCGGCAUAUUUCCUAGCAACUACGUGACACCCAUGUCCUAAGGAUAACAGCGGAGAGAACUCAUCAUCGCAGUUUAAAAACUAUAAUAAAUAUAUUGUGCUACAGUAGUACAAUUAUUUACAUAAAAAUACUAAUAAGUGAAUCAUUCAAAUGCCAGCUUCUGCGUUUAUCAAAAAGUUAAUAAAAAAAAAUAAAUAAAUAAAAAGUUAAUGGGAAAAAAACUACAACGACAAUUAUCCAAUGGCCAUUAUGCGCAUCGUUUAUGCGUGCGGAAGGAAAAAGAAAGGAUAGAAAAAAUAUAUAACUAUAUAUACAAAGAAUUAUAUAUGCCAUAAAUUAUUAAAUUAUUUAUUAAUGAACUCUAGCUCACUAUUCUAUCAUUAGUAUUUUAUAGAUCUGAAACAACUAAAUUUUGUAUUGUUUUGUUAUAUUAUUCAUACAUAAGUAGAUCAUUGUUGUCUUAUGUAUUUUUUUUUUUACUUUUUUUUUUUAUUAUUAAUUGAAGCUCAAGGAAUUAAAUCUAGAAUCUUUUUUUAAAUCACCUGACAUUUUUUUUUAAUUAAUUUAUUAUUUUUUUUUAUUACCGUCAGGUUUAAUCGAUAAAAGUAUCAAAUAUAUAUCAAUUAUUGGAUCUUGUUACUAUAAUGUUAUAUUACAUAUUAUUAUUAUUUAUUAUUAUUAUAUUAUAUAGGAUUUUUGAGUGCUCAUUAGCAUUAAUUAUAAUAAUUUAGUUCCUUUUGUUUUCCAAAUGAAUUUUUAAAUUAUUUUAUCUCUGGUUUUUAUUUUUUAUCAAGUAACUCAUGUCUAACUACGUUCAUUUUAUAGUGCAAAGUGUAAACCACUAAAUCAUGGCCCGCUUUCUUAUUAAAAAAAAAAAAAAUUUUACAAUAAUAAUAACAUGAGUGUGGGUGUAGCAGAUAAGAGACAAAUUUUAAAUUACAAGUAAACGAAUAAAUUAAAAAUAAAAAUUAAAAAAAUGCACAUACUGAUUUUCAAAUUCUGGAAAUGUGGAUUUUUUUAGUUUUAUUUAAUUUACAUUUAAUUCGCUUAUUUAAAAUUUUUAAAUUGACAAUUGUCUGCUACAUUUAUACUCAGUAACAAUAACAAUACAAUAUACCAGAACAAUAAAUAUAUGUUAUGCAAAAAAGUUUAAUAUAAGCCCGUUAGUCGAUUAUAGAACAAAAAAAAAAAAAAAAUAAUAAUAAAUAUACAAAACGUUUCGGGAAAGUUGUGUUGAUACUUUUAUGAGACGUAAAUAUAUAUGCCUAUAUCUGUGCUACGUAGUAGAAAUGAUUAGAAAUAUAUAUGAAAAAAAGUAAAAAAUCCAAAAAAAAAUAUAUGAGCGUGUCGCGCGUUACCUCUGUUCUUCAUUCCUUAAAAAAUGUUACUUAUUGAAAAGCUAUACGUAUGUUUGUUUGUCUUGUAUCGUUGGAAGUAAAAUAAAUAAAUAAUUGCUCCGGCAAAUAAUUAUUUGCGUAUGUAAACAUAUAUAUAUAAACAUAUAUUAUGGAUACUAAAACGUCGUACUGUUAAAGUGUGAACAAAAAUUAUUUAAUGAGACAACUGGAUAGUAAUUAUUAUUAUUGAUAUAUUUAUUACAUAUUAAUAUAUAUAGAGAUAUUAAUAUUAUUUGUCUCAUGAUAUUUGUUGACAUUUAUCUAAAUUGUAUACAAAAUAUCCUUCCUGGUGCGGAUACACGCAUAGAUCAUAUCAUAUAUAUCACAUGCAUUUAAAAAAAAAGAAAACUAUAUGGACAAAAAAUAUAAAUUAUUUAAAUAAAAGUAUAGCUAACUCGCACAUGACGAUUCGAAUAAAGUGUCUAACUGUUGCAAAAUUAAA